UGUAAUUAUAAUAAUUUGUUGUUAAAUUGUAGUAUAAUGGGUUGCAAAAUAUGAUGGUUAUGAUCAUUACCAUCAUCACUCCCACGUGAUUACACGAUAUGUGUAGGGCUCCAGACCUCAAGACAAAAUUAAUCUUUUUUUUUUGGUGUCACACACAUCUUCAAUUUCUGUUUUUGGAUUGUACCAAUGGUAUAGUGAAAAAAAAAAUUAUAAUUUACUAUACAUUAAUUUCAUUUUUACAGAGAUUUUAAAAGUUAUUAUACCAUAUCAAUUAAACUUAAUCAAAAAUGGGUAGAGGACCAAAGAAGCAUUUAAAGAGAUUAGCAGCUCCAUCCCACUGGAUGUUGGAUAAAUUAUCCGGUGUUUACGCUCCAAGACCAUCUGCUGGUCCACAUAAAUUAAGAGAAUCUUUACCAUUAGUUGUUUUCUUAAGAAACAGACUUAAGUAUGCUUUAAACGGUAGAGAAGUCAAAGCUAUCUUAAUGCAAGAACAUGUCAAAGUUGAUGGUAAAGUUAGAACUGAUUCUACUUACCCAGCUGGUUUUAUGGAUGUUAUCAGUUUAGAUGCUACCAAUGAACAUUUUAGAUUAAUCUAUGAUAUUAAAGGUAGAUUCGCUGUCCACAGAAUCACUGCUGAAGAAGCUUCUUACAAAUUAGGUAAAGUUAAGAAAGUUCAAUUAGGUAAAAGAGGUGUUCCAUAUGUUGUUACCCAUGAUGGUAGAACUAUUAGAUACCCAGAUCCAGCUAUUAAAGCUAACGAUUCCGUUAAAAUUGAUUUAGCCACUGGUAAAAUCACUGAUUUCAUUAAAUUCGAUACCGGUAGAUUAGUCAUGGUUACUGGGGGUAGAAAUUUGGGUAGAGUUGGUGUUAUCACCCAUAGAGAAAGACACGAAGGAGGUUUUGAUUUAGUUCAUAUUAAAGAUUCUUUAGAUAACCUUUUCGUUACCAGAUUAGCUAACGUUUUCGUUAUUGGUGCUGAAGCUGGUAAACCAUACGUCUCAUUACCAAAGGGUAAAGGUAUUAAAUUAUCUAUUUCUGAAGAAAGAGACAGAAGAAGAAAUCAACAAGGUUUAUAAAUCUAAUCGAUUGACAAUUGACAUUUUAUAGUUUGAAACAUGUUGUGAUUUACAACACUUUCAAUUUCAACAACAAUCAUUUAGUAUACAAUUUUAAUAAACACAUGUAACAU